AUGAGCUUAUUGCAUCCACUUUUAGUGCAGCUGAUUGCUUUGGCACUUCCCUUCAGUGUCUGUGUUAUCCGACACACCCUUUGCAGUGUCCUGAUUACCUGUACCCGAAAGGGUUCCCUAUCCCGGUACUUUGGUUUUGCUACCCUGAUAUUUCUGUCUGUUGUGCAAGACACUUGCGCAGUAUUACUUUCGUUAUAUCGCCCACUAAGGGCGGUUUUGGGUGCGGAAUGCUUCCUACAGACCUUGCAAGCAUUCAACCUCGUGAUCCUCCUCGAGCUUGAUGCAGCAGACCUUGAAAGGGAGGGUCUCUUCCACCCUCAUGCGAGGCUGAGCAAGAUAAUUUGGAGCGGAAUGUAUCUACUCCACAAUUAUCGAGGUGUUCGGACGAAGUGGCAGGUGAAGAACACACCUGAUUUUCCGCCCUAUGUGAAACACGCCAUGUGGCUAAGCCCAAAUCAAUUCUGCAUGAGGCAGAGUAUUAUUGCAGCAUGGCAGCUCUUUUCUCUAGCCCUUGCAGUCCGGUUUGUGCAGAGCAUUGUACCCGAAUCGACGACUUGUGGUGAAGCCCCACCCUUAACUAAGGAGUUCAUACGAGCCUGGCGAGGCUUCUUGCCUCUUUUAUGGAUUGUCAUCUGUCGCUCAAUUAUGGAUAUCGCUUUCCGGCUGAACAGCAUUGCCUCCAUCAUCAUAGGCCUAAGUACUCCAGUCGACUGGCCGCCGCUCUUCAAUAGCACACUGGAUGCUUGGACCCUGCGCCGGUUCUGGGGCCUCUAUUGGCACCAGUGGUUGCGAUGGCCUUUUACUGCCAUGGCGACAUUCUUGGUGAGGAAGCUCUUGAGAAUUUCAAAGCCAGGGCCGGUAUACAGAUACAUCCAUGUACUAUGUGUCUUCAGUCUGUCAGGUAUCUUACAUCUCAUCAAUGACGUCCUCCAGGGAGUUCCAUGGCGUGAAUCAGGCGCUCUGCUAUUUUUCUGCAGUUUCACAUUGGGAUUUAUGAUUGAGGACGGUAUACAGGAGCUGUGGCAUCAAAUCACAGGAAAAUAUGCAAAAACACAGUCAUAUAGGGGUGAUAAUGAAGGGAGGUCAAAAGACACUGCCUCAACCGUCACUCCUCUGUGGAAGAGAUUGGUUGGAUUUUUGUGGGUAUGGGUCUGGAUGAGCAUCAUGACGCCGGUGUACAUGCGGCCAGUCUUUCAGGCGGUAUGCUGCCAUGGUGCUGGAUCCCACGGACUCCGCAUGAUUCGAUACCUGAAUCCUGGAAUUGGGGUAGUGUGUCUGGCGACAGGAACACUGCUUAUUUGGCGUCACAUUGGUAUAAACAUCUGA